AAUAAAACCCUAUCACUACUCUCUCUCUCUCUCUCUCUCUCUCUAAUCUCUAUCUCUAAAGCUUUCGCCUUUCCAAAAAUCCCUCUACCUAUUCACCAGCAUCCCCCACUCUCUCAUAGGCAAAACACCAAACACCAUGAAGAUAAAGAACAAAGGCAAAGUCCACCCAUCUCCCUUCUCCUCCUCCGCCUCCUCAUCCGCCUCCUCCUCCUCCUCGGACGGGUAUGUUCUCUCCGUUCUUCAGCUCCUUCCAGCUGCCAUUCUAGCUCUGGCCUCCGUCCUCUCUCUCGAGGACCGCGAGGUUCUCGCUUACUUGAUUACCCGCUCCAUGAAAACCACCCCCAACACUUCUUCUUCUACUUCAAUCCCCGCCGCCCAAGAUCCCAAGAAAAAGACUUCCAAAAAAGGUUCUAAUAAGUCUGCCAGCAACCCUGCGGCCGCCGCCCACCAGCCUCCGAUGUUCGAUUGCGACUGCUUCGACUGCUACAGAAGCUACUGGUUCAAAUGGGACUCUUCCCCCAACCGCGAGCUCAUCCACCAAGCCAUCGAAGCCUUCGAGGACCACUUGGCCAACGGCGAGCGGCCCAAGAGGAACGCCAGGGGCAAGAGAAGAGACAAGAUGGGCCAUCGGGACUCCUCUAAAACGCCCGAUGUUUCUGCCCAAAACGACAUCUUUCUGGAAGAGAACGUCGCUCCAGCUUCACCGGAGUUUGUUCAAAGCUCUACUACCCCUGUGCUGCCUGAAAUCGACGUUGUUGUCGUAGGUUCUCCUGAGAAGGCUGAUGCGGUAGAAGGAAAUGAGGGGAAAGUGGAAGACUUGGGCGUGGAUGUUGCGGUAGCGCCGCCAGACACGGCGGAUGACAUGGCGGUGGUUUUGAGGGCGGCGGCCGCGAGCAACCACAGGGGUUUGGCAAGGAAAGUGCUGCCGGACGUGUUGGGCCUCUUUAACUCUCGUUUGUGGAACCUUUGGAGUCCGAAUGUCUAAAAAAAAGGGAAAAAGUUAUAAAUUUCUUUAAUUUCUUUUAUUUUUCGAGCCUCAGAAAAGAAAAGAGAAGCAAGUGUUAUAUUUUUGGUUGGUAGGUUUAUUUCUGCGCUCGAAAUAUAGGUAUGUUCCCUACUCUCUCUAAAUGAAAAUGUUUAUUUAUUAA